AUGUCUUCCAAGCCAAUCAUAGUCCUGGUCCCAGGUGCCUGGGCCACUCCGGCGUUCUAUACUCUACUCUCAUCCAAUCUCUCAGAAAAGGGUCUCACCACGGAAAUCGUCUCACAUCCCUCAGCUGGUGCAGAGCCCCCCAUUAAGACUCUCGAUGAUGACGUCUCAAAUCUCCGAAGCACACUUAAACGUCUAGUCAACUCCGGCGAGGAUGCCAUCGUGGUCGCGCACUCAUACGGCGGGCUUGUUGCCUCCGGAUCCGUUCAAGGCCUUGAGAAACCAGUCCGUCAGAAUCAAGGAAAGCAAGGUGGUAUUGUGAUGAUUGUGUACAUGACCGCAUUCGUGGUCAAUGAAGGACUGAAUCUGAUUGAUGUUUGCGGGGGACAACUUCUCCCAUGGAUUAAAUGCGAUGAAAACUACACCACCCUAUCUUUCGACACCCCAUUCCACGACCUCCCCCAGGCCCAACAAUCCCACUGGACCUCUGCGCUAACGCACACUUCUCUUCCCGUUUUCUCUGGAACCGCAACAUAUGAGCCAUGGCAUGUUAUACCAACCGCGUAUAUUAUGGGUGAAGAGGAUGAGAUGCUGCCGCUGGCGGUGCAGGAGCAUAUGGUUGGGGUACUGCGGACGUCUCGUGUAUAUCGGUUGAAAUCGUCGCACUUUCCGUUUUUGAGUAUGUCGGGGAAUGUUGCUGGGAUUGUUCAGGAGUUGGUUGGGGAGAUAUGA